AUGGAGACACCACUUUAUGCGCCAGCCCAGAGAGAACUCCUCUCGCAUCACAUCAAUUCCCUCUUCUCUCCCUCGAAUCUGCCCCCUCUUCUGCGUACCCUUCGCGGUGUCCUCUUUCCCAAUAACGCCCCUGGUAAGACGACCUUGUUCCCACCAUCGUCCGAGUCCGAGCUGCAAGCCCUGCGUCGUAGAGCCGCUAAGUCUCUUUGGGGGUUGCUACCGAAGGGUGUGGGAAGGCUUUAUUUUGGUGGUCGCUUAUGGCGGCGAAGUGCGGAGAGCGAGGGUGAUUUAUCAGAUGACGAGGAUCUGGUAGAUGAAAUGGAGAGGCUGCUUCUUGUGCUAGACGAUGAGUACUGCAACAAGCAUCUGAUGUACAGCAUUCUGGAGCUGCUACUUGCUCGCCUGAUGCCUGAGCUGACGGAGAAAAGCGUGACGGAGCUUUGGGAAGAAAGACUUGGCUGA